AUGACUGGUAAUGGUGUUACCAUACAAAUCGGUUACUAUCCCGGAAGUGGAGGACAAGUAAAACAAGACGGUGGAGGAUACUACUAUGAUAGUGAUGGUAAUGGAAGAGUUAAUCUAACGGAUGAGUGGUUUCCUGAUCCAGAGGGAAUCUAUAGGAAAUUUACUCAUACUCCCGAAGAUGGUUGUACAAUAGGUGAUAUUAGGAAGGGAAGGAUUCUUUCUGAAAUUACUAGCCUAGAAAAAUAUUCGAGUGUCUCAGUCUACUACUGGUCUCAGGAUCAUGCCUGUAGUAAGCCACUAAUCAUUCAACUUGGUGAGGGAAAUUCUUCGGUUUAUUACACUAUAUCUGAUGGUGGUGAUAAUUGGAACAAUGAUUCUGAUUCUAGUAUAGCUAAUGAUCUUAGGAAGAAACUUGAUGGGCGGAACUGUAGUAGAAAUAAUGCUCAUAUUAUAGAUCUCUCUAACAAGGGUACUUCUGGUAGCGGUAAAAAUUACCAAUGUCCCAGUUGCAGUCAACAAAAACUCCGCGUAUACAAGAGCAGCGACUCCGGAGGUAUCACAUUCUACUCUGGUAGAGGUUCUAUGUUCUCGGUAACUAGUUUCAAGGAUAAGGGUGGUAAUAGUUGGCAAGCUGGAUUUCCGUCUCUAAAGGAUGUCAAAGAGAUCAAGGUCUACUGGAAUGAAUCUGGUAGGAAAACCCCUCUAUUAAUUGUCUAUCAAAGUAUACCGCAGAGAUACUUUAGAAGAAGCAGUGGUAAUAGUAAUACUUGGAUUAGAGUAUCUAAUGCUGAUGGUCUUCCUAAUGGAGGAACUCCUACUAUUACUACUCUAGAUCUCUCUUCAUCGUCUGGAAAAUACAACGAUGGAAGUAGUAGUAUAGAUAUAACUGUGUUAAGAAGUCACAUCGGCGAUGGCUUUUACAGAUAUCAAUAUUCCCUCAGAGGUAGUCUGUUCGAGGUUACUGAAAUUAGGCAUGAUCAAACUCCGCUUACUGGUAUAGACUCUUCUGACAUUCUAACUAGCAUCUCUGGAUUCUACUAUGGAGGAAAUACUCCCACGGAUCAGUCUAACAUUCUCCUGAUUGAAGUGGUUACUAGUGAGAACAAGUAUUCAUACUAUCAAAAGGAUAAGGAUGGAACUAAUUGGGCAGAGCUUAGGAGACCUGGAGGAUAUAUUUCUCAACUUAUUGGCGAACCUCUGAAAGUAACACUGAUUAACCUUAAGAAAUUGAAGGAAACACUGGAUAAGCUUGACCAGUUAAGUACUCAACUUCAGGAAUUAGAGAGAAAGCUUAAUGAGUCACAUAAUACGGGUACUUUAGCUGGAUCAUCUGUUGGAACGGGAUUAGGCGGAGCAGGGUUGGGAGGUCUCGCUGUGUGGAAGGGACCCGCUCUACUCGCAAAACUAAUAGCUCGUCUGUAA